AUGGGAAAAGCAUGGUUCCUGCUAACCAAACUGCACUCACUUGCUUGGCCUGGGUUGACGUUGGCUUACCCCUUGUACGCUUCAUUGAUGGCCAUGGAGGGCGGCGACACAUCGAAACCAGACGUUCAGCAGUGGCUUGCUUAUUGGAUCAUGUACGCUUUACUCUCUCCAUUGGAGAUGCUUCUCCAACCCCUUUUACAAUGGAUACCAUUUUGGUACGACUUGAAGCUUGUGUUUGUGGCAUGGUUGGUUCUACCACAGUUCGGAGGAGCAUGUUUCUUGUAUGAGAAAUUUGUGAGAGACCAUGCACUUAGGCUUGUAGGUCGCAGAGACCAUCCGAGACAUCAAGCAGCAAUCUUGGAACCAUCACAACCCCUACGAAGGGGCAUGCCUAAUGCUCGAAACACAAGCACUCAUGAUCAAUCCGACAGAGACAGUCGUCGGGACACAUUUACUCGUCAAUCGGACACGGUCAAUGUUCAGGACAGAGGUACUCUUCCGUCCAACACAGGCAAUGUUCGAGACACAAGUGCUCGUGGUGGACGAAUGUCCCCACCGGAAGGAUCGUCGACACGGCUAGUCCAUAAGCCGGGAAAACGUAAAUCAUUGUUUUCUUGGUCGAAAAGAAGGUAG